GCCUUCAAAAAUAUGGAAUUAUGGAAAAUAUAACCUAAAAAAGUGUUGCGAAGUUGCGAAAUAAAAAAAACACAUUAAAAAUCUUAUCAAAAUCGUGUACUCGUGUAUAAAUUUUUAUUCGUCACGUGUAGAUAAAACUCGUAGGACAUGAAAUCAAAAUCUUUCGAUGUGCCAAAAUCCCCGGCGGACAAGGUGAAGCAAAAUAAAACGUAUGACUUUAUAAACUUUUAUAAGUCUGCCGCCGAAACUAAUGUUAAAUUAAAAUCUGAUAAUGGGAGUAGCAAAGAGAAUGGUGUUUCGAAUAAACUACGCACUCCUAAACGUGUAUCAAAUAAAAACAAGAAGAAACCCCAAAAUGAUAGUGUUGAUAUGUCUAAUAUAAUUAAUAUUAAUGGUGAUAGCAUAAUACAUGCUGCCGAAAGCUCUUCCCUCGACGAGUCUAAGGUAACAUCAACUCCUUAUACAGUGAAAAAAGGUGCAGAACCAAAAGUUAAAUCGAUAAUAAAAAACAAAUCUUUAAUAAACAGUUCGCUCAAUGUUUCCAAUGUAAGUAUUUCCAGUAACCCCAAAAAGAGAAAUAAGUCAGUUAGUUUUAUGCUCGAUGACACAGAAGAAGUUGCUAUAAAGAGGUGCAAAUCAGAAGAAACAGUUAAUAAACUAGAGAAAAGUAUAGGGAAAACUAAAAAGCCUAAAAAGUUCAAAAAGAAGCAGCAAGAUGAAAAAGAGAAUAAGAGUGAUGCAAGCAACAUGGUUACUGACACAGUUCCAACUGAAGCUGUAGCAACCACAUCCAAGCUACAUAUUAAUGAUAAUGUAGAAACUAUACAAACUACAGAUACUGAUAGUAUAAAAUCAAAAGGUACACCAGAGAAAAAAAAACGAAAUAAGCUAAAGAAAGCUAAAAACAUUACAGCAGAAUCUGAAAGUUCUGAAGUUGUUAAAAAUGAAGGCGAUGAACAUAAAUUAAAAAAAAUCAAAAAGAAAAAGCGGCAUAUCAAAUCAGUUGGCACAGAUAAUACUGAGACAGAAGGUGAACCCGCCCAAAAGUCUUCCAAAAAAGAUGUUAAGCCAGAAAAAAUAGCACAAGAUUUGGAGAAUCUCACUAUAGGUGACAAUGCACAUACUCUCACUGAUCUUUUAGAUGAAAUGACAGUUUUAGACAAAAAUAAGAAAAAGAAAAACAAGAAGAAAGCCAAAGAUAAAGAAAGUAAACAGAAAAAAGGUAAACCAUUAAGUGCAAGCAAUACAAACAGUGAGGGUGAUGGUGCGGAAGAGAAAAAGAAAGGCAAAGAUAAAAAAAAGAAGAUAGAUAAGGCAAAUACAAAUAAUGCUCCAGAUGAAAGUAUGAAUACUGAUGGUGAAGGUACAGAAGAAAAAGAGAAAGCGAAAUUGAAACGUAAGUUGAACAAGGCCAAAAAGGGUGUAGCCAACGUGGACAGACACUUAACGUCAGUUAUCAUUGAGAACUUGCCUCUGGCACUUAUGUUCACUUACAAGAAACUGUUGUCCGAGCACUUUGAGAAGUUUGGAUUGAUAAGACAAGUUGGGGUUGCUGAAAUGUAUCCUACUGAAGAGCCUAGGCCUGUGUUCACUACAUCAAUCAAUUUCGCCAGUGAAGAUGCUGCAGAGAAGGCAUUAGAAGAUGACAACACGGUGUUCGAAGGCGCCCGCAUCCGUGUGAAGCGCCCCUUAUCGCCGACUCUCACUACGUUGGUGGUUCGAUCGUACGCGAAACUAACGGAGCAAGCUGUGAGCUCAGUGUUCAGUAGUGCGGGACGAAUCAGGAGUAUCAGGCUUUUGAUUAAAGGGAAGAAGGCAUUAUCCACAGCAUUCAUAGAGUUUGAUGGUCCUAAGUCCGUGGAGCGAGCCAUCAAAAUGGCGGAAGAAGUCAAAAUUGGCGGGAAAAAUAUCCACGUGGCCAAGUUCGAGCUGCGCGCCUCGAAUAUGCAGAUAAAACAAGAGAAUCCCCAAGAAGAGAAUGAGAGCAGUGAUAAUUCCAAUGAAUAAUAAUAGUAGUAAUUUAUUUCUCCACACCCAAUGGGUAAUUUUUAUAGCUAAGUGUCUAUUGGCAAGUUUUCUUGCAAAAGUUACUUGUGGCUACUUUUUGUCAUUGAAGGUACCUAAAUAGUUCCAAAGUUCAUAACAGGAACUUCUAACAAAAGAUCGAGGCUUUGGCGUCACUGGUAGGCGUCAAAUGUACUAACAGGUAGCCUUAAAGUAGCCCUAUUUUUCUUUGAUUUUACGUUACCAUAGCCUAAUAUUUGAUAGAUCGUCGAUUCAGGAUCAAAGCGAGAGUUCCCUAGCUCUGGUUCUUCUGGUUGGAAUUUUAAAACCCGUGAAUUUGAUGCGGGUUACUAUAAAAUAACUCUAUAUACCAUGGUAUCUAUCAUAUAUUUAACUUGUUACAUAACUAUUUAAGUUGUAAGAUAUAGCCCCAAAGGCUUGUGUUCAAAGCUAGGUACUAUAUUUAUUUCAUUUAUGAAAUGAAACAGCAUUUUUACAGAUAAGUUUUGGUCUGUUUAAGCUACUAUGUAAUGAUUUUCUGUUGUAACGAUGAUUAUAUUGUUCUAUUGUUUCCGUAUUUUAAUAAUGUUAGACAAUAAAAAGCUUAUUACUUGUACAAUUUAA